AUGACAGAGGUACUUGGAGACAAAUCAGCUAAGAAGAAUUUUGUCAAAUCCCGUUUAAGGGAAAGAACCGGAAGCAUCUUUAAAAAUCGCCAAGAGAGUAACAUGGCUCCGAGGGGUAUCAGCCAUGACCAAAUUUUAAUCUCGCCAGGCCCACCAUCCCUCGUACAAAUAGCCAAGAAUUUGGAGGGUGAUAUACUGAGCGUUUCAAAGCAUUCCACCGUGGACAACAUUGUGAUAUUGGGAUCGACAGGACUUACUGGAGGUCUCAUAGUCACCCAGCUAACGCGGCCCUGGGUGUACCUUAAUUCCACCAAUGACCUCCAACGAAAAUUGAACAACUUAUACCCUAAUUCUGAUCUAUUUGAAAAGCACCAUCUUUUUUUAAAGAAGUCUCGGUCACCAUUGUGCAAUGGAUUGACCAGAAAGAAAGUUAUUCAAGUUGUUAAAAAUUUGUUUUGCUUUGUCCGAAAGCCUCUUGCGAUGGAAGAUGCAGAGAGCGCGGAUGAUCUUGAUUCCAGCUGGGAGCACAAGCUUGUGUACAAGGGCUCCAACCUGGUAUGCACAAAACAGAACAUAUUUUACGACAAACCGACUCUUACUGAGGGCACUUUGAAGAUCCCGGAUACUUUACAGAAAAUUCCCGGUAGCGUUGAGCUUCAAAUUCAACAGUACACGUACCGCCUAGUGUAUGAUAAUUCAACGGAUGUGCAUGGGGAAUCAUGCCGGCAUACACUGACAAUAGAUUUGAAGAUCAACGUGAUUUGCUUACUCGAGAAAGAAUCAUUAAAAUGGCCUAGUCUACUCAAGACUUUGUUUGGUCCACAACCGACGGCCGUUAGCGUUGCCUCAAAGAGGCUCGAGAAAACUACCGCGUGGAAUUUCCCACCACUAGAUCAGGUCGAAACUCUCAUCUCUGCGUUAGGAUCAACCAGCUUCCAGCAGCGAAAAACCAAUGUCUCCCGUCGAGCGGUGGACUAUGAUAUGAACAUAAAAAUGAUCGAAGCUUUCUGCGGAAAAAAGACUCCAGGUGUUGAGAAGAAGGCAGUAGUGAUAACAAGUUUCAAUAAUGUGGUCUUGAGUUCUACAUGCGAUUAUUUUCGGACCAAACUGACUCUAGAACAAGACCUGGCAACCCGAAUGCCAGGUCUCGAUAAACUUAUUCUUCUAAGACCUGGUCCGCUAGUUGGCUAUCAUACGCAAUAUUCAACUGGUAGUCCAAGCCAACGAUACGUUAAGCCCGCGUUUGUACCAACAUCUCUGUUCAACAUUUAUUGCUUCAAAAGGAAGUGCUGGCAGCACCAAGUUAGAUUUGUUAAGGACCUCAUGAAGUAUGGUCUCAAAGUCAAAGUGAGUGAAGCAUGCGCUCGAAUGUCCUACGGACAUUCUUGUUCUCCACUACUGGGAUAUGCCGUCCCUGCGUAUAAAGUUGCAUUUGUAGCUGCGAUAAGGGCCAUUCACUUGGAGGACGGCGCCUGCUUCGUAGAGCUCAUCAGAAGCGAUCAAAUCGACAAAAUGGCUUAG